GUAUGAAACUUGAUUAAGCGAUAAAGUAAUACAAAUUUAUUUCUCGAAGUUACAUCGUGGUUAUAUAUUUUAUAUGUUGGUAUCGGUAAGCCCGAUUUGAUUAAAGUUAAUUAAUUAAAAUGAAAUAAUGAAAAACCCACGUGCUUGUAUAAUUCUGUGACAUGUUCGUUACAGUCCAGGUAUUACUUUACGUCAAUAAAAAAUUCAUAUUCUCAACGUGAAUUGCGUAUAUAAUGUUACACAUGCAUGAAAGCAUUAUAUUAGUACAAUUUUUAAAUAUUAAACCAAUUUGUAUCUGGAUUUAUUGUAAUACUGUAUAAGCCCUUUUUCACCAUAAAGAUAAGCAAGAUACUUACAAGUUUCUUCAAUAAAAGUAUUAAUACGAAGUAUUUAUAAUUUGUAGAAUGAUCUUAUUUCUGAUUCUAUAAAAAUAAGUGUUUAUAAUUGACUCUGAUUUCGUCAGUGAAAAUUUAUACAUUUGCUGUUGACUUUUUGUCAUAAGAAAAGUGUGUAGAAUGUCUUUUCCAAAUAAAGAGGAUCGUACAAAAUGUUGGAACUGUAGAGACGAAUAUUGGAAAUGUCUUGAUGAGGGUAAAUCAGAAACUGAAUGAUAUGUGACACUGAUAAAAAUAAGACAGAAAAGGUUGAUUUGCCUGUUCAAGUUGCUACAAAAGCAACUCUUGAGUUACAAACAAGAAAAACUCAGUAGUAUAAUUAGAAGAAAACAAACACAAAGAUUAAAGUAAAACAUAAUCAAUUACCUAUACAAAAAUGUGUAAAAAAAAUGUGGAAGUAACUCAUUUAAUUAAGGAACUGCAAUCAUGUACAGAAGACAAUAUGAUUUUCAGGAGAUUAAUAAACUAUGCUUCAUCAUAUAAGCAAUCAUGGAAUGAUGAAAAUCUGAAGGAGUGGCAACCAGUGUUUAGAUACAUUAUACAAAUUUUUAUUCCAAACCCAGAAAUAGGAAAAGAACGAACUCUUUUAGCUUCCCACACAUUUUUUGCUUUACUGUCAAUGGAUUCUACUUUGGUGUUUAUGAACAAAACUCUUAAAAAUUUUUUAAAUUCUAAUUGCAAAGAAUUAUACUUUUUGGAUGAAAAACAUGAUACUGUUGAACUUGAAUUAUUCAAGUUAAAUUGUAUUUAUGGAUAUUUACAAGUAAAUUGUAAAGAAAUGUACUUUAAUGACAUUUGUUCCCUGAUUUUUCAUGUUAUAUAUGAACACUGUAUAAAAUAUACUAAACAUUCUUAUUUUUCAUACAAAGUAUUGCACUUAUGGUUACAUAGAACUAUGAAUAUAGAUUAUUGGAUCACAUGUGAUUUAGCAGUAGAGAAAAAACUAGAGUCAAUUAUUUUUUCAAAUUGGUGUAAUGCAAUCAAUGAAAUAAGUAAACAGAAUUCAGUGUCCAUUUUUAAUAUGUACCUAAAAAUUAUGGAAAACAAAUAUAAUGGUUACUUAGAAUUUGCAUUUGAACAUUGCGUUAAUCAAAUUUCUUGGCAAAGUGAAAUAAAGUACGAUAUUCUCGCGGAAAUCUGUGAGGUUUGGGAUAAUAUUAAAGUAAUGACAUCUUAUGAAUUUUUACUUUUAUUAUCCACUAGCUUAACAAAGUAUAAUUUACGUUCAGCGGGUACAAAAGUUUAUAUUAGCAUUAUUAAAAAAUUAAGUGAGGAUGAGUGGAAGAAAGUUUUCGGUUGUGUACUAGAUUAUCUCUUUCAUCAUUGGGAAACAGACGAAAAUGCAAAUUACAAUGCUCUUCAAUUACUUUGUAAACAUUGGCUUGAACCAAUCGUGAAAAAAUAUAAAAGUAUCCUACCAUAUUUAUGGGAUAUGACAAGAGAUAUUAAUGGAUAUUUUCUUCAAUCAUAUCUUCAGAGAGUAGCUAGAGAAAUAAACAUUGAUCUUCCACAAGAACCAAAAAUUGAAUGCUAUAUAAAUCAUAACAAGGAAAUUGUAAGAUUGAAUGGUUUUGCAAUAAAUUGUUAUCAAGUAAACAAUUUGUAUCAUAAAAAUAGAGAUUGUUUCUAUAUACUAAGAAAUUUUUUAUGGCAUAAUGCAAACACUACGGCAGUGAAUAUGAGAGAUGGAAUUGUUAAAUAUUUUAAAAUAUUUUAUGCCAAUGUUUUAAAGAUGUGUGAGAGUAAACCAGAUUAUAUACAUGAUGUAUAUUAUAUCACACAUUGGCUGCACGAAUUUUUAUUGGAUUGUUUUGAAAUUGGUUCUUGUUAUCAACGAAAAAUACUUGGUUUAAAUUUGUACAGGGUCAUGCUUUCUUUUACUAAUGCGAAUGCAUUGAAUAAAUGUAGCAGUACCGAAAAUACAUUAUGUGCUUUAUUACUGCAGAAACAUCUGAAAGAAACCAAUAAUUGGAACUUCACAAAUAAGGCCAGCUUAUUUAAUUUAUUAAGACUUGUGUUAGAUUCAGCACUUGAUGUCAAGCAACUAAGUACUUCUAUGAUUCUCGAUUACUUUGAUAAGAACAUUUUAACGAAUUCGGAAAAACAAAUACUGUAUACAGUAGCACUGACACAUUGCAAUUCCUACAAGUUCUAUGAAACCGAAAGUGGUGCAGCUCUAAUUUCGAUACUAGCAAAUUGGCUACCUUUAAAUAAAUUUGAUGGAUACAAGAGUUGUAAUAACUAUUCAAAUUAUUCAGACUUCUUGCUUAAUGAAGCUGUAAAUCAACUAACGCAGAUGAAGGAAGAUGUAUUAAAGGCAAUAGUUCAGAAGAAACCAUUCUAUGGAGUAUUAACUGCUUUAUUAAAUAUUGCCUUUAAAAAUGGACCAGAACACGAUUGUUUAACAUUAGAAGUUGUUGAAAGAAUAUUACUUAUGUUAAAGGAUGCUAUUAGCUUCUUUCUAUCUGUACUUUCUUUAAAGUCAGAAAACAAAGAAUAUUCAUCUUCCUUUGCGGAAAUGGGAUUAGCAAUUGAUGCAGUCAUUAAAAAUAGUGCAGUUGAUAACAUCAAUUUUGAUGAGCUGUGUCUAACUCCCGCACACCAGGUCCUCGUUUCUUGCAUUUGGAUGUCUUUAAAGGUCUCUUGUGAAAUAGCCUCUGAAAUAGGAACAUUAAUGUGUUCAGAUGAAACAGUAAAGAGUUCUAUUGAUAUUAUUGUUACUGUAUUACUUAAAUGUAGACACAAAGGCGUAGUAGAAGCUGCGGGUACAUUAAUCGGACGCUUAACUAGGCGUUUGUGCAACGAAGUUAAAUAUUAUGGUUUAAUAAAAACGCACGUGUCACGCAUCCUGGAAAAUGAUGCCAUGCAAUCUUUAAACAUUACUAGAAGAGGUGCUGGAUUAUCAAUAAUGUUCCAUAGAAUGGUUGUUAAUGAUACUCGACGAGAUAGGCCUCUUCUGCAUUUUGCUGUACAGAAACUGUUAAACCUAUUGCAUGAUUCUCCCAGUGCCUUUUCCGAGAGUAUGGUGUCUCAACAUGAUUCUCCUUGGGCAAGGCAUUUACAUUUUCUUCGUGCAUUGGUAGCUGAUAAAGAAGUACAUGUACAAUUAAUUCCUUACAUGGAAAGAAUUUCUUUAAUCUGCUUCAGAUAUCUGGAAUCUGAAAUAUGGACUAUCAGAAAUGCAAGUCUACAGUUGUUCGGUGCAAUAGUUCCGAGAUUGGCAGGUCAAAGUUGCGGGGAUGCUUUAGACUUUGGAACUGGCUAUCCUAUCAAUCAUUUCAUUACACAUUAUCCUAUACUCGCUAGUUACGUGAUGAAAGAAAUUUCCAACUUCUCUUCUACUUUCAUGGAAUUUUCUACUGCGUUAUAUUUACAUUCACGUAUCGUACACAUCCUCAUACUUCUUUCUAAAUUUUCAAACAGUAAUUGCAAUUUCAUCGACUACUCGUGUCAAGAAUUUGUGUCAAGGGUAAAGUGUUUAAUACGGACAUUGUUUAAAAAUCCCGUUUUAUACGUCAGACUUCUAGCUGCAAAGGCAUAUGCGGCUUUAACAGACUUCUUGAGUAUCGAGCUUGAGAUUACAGAGUUAAAACAGCAUAUUUCCUCAAGCAAAAAUGCAAAUUUGAUUCACGGUUAUUUACUAACUAUAAAACAUCUGAUGGAAAAACUAUCGGUUGAAACUUGUAAUACCAGUUUGAAUUCUGUUUCACAAUAUACGAAUCAUUAUGGAUCGUCACAAUGUACCGAAUUGUCACGACUACAAAAAAUAUUGCAAGCAUGGGAUAAUAUACCCCAAGAGAGAUACAGGGUAUGCUACAUAUUAGAAACAUUGCAUUUGCAAUUAGCAGAGCCUCUUUUCGGUAAACUGAAUACUAUAGACAUACAUCUUUUCGAUCGAAAUUCAUCCGUAUUGUCUUCUGAAAGGAUAAAGCCAGGCUUUUUUCAGUACAUCGACUAUUACACAAAAUUAUAUGCAAACUAUGUUAAAGAAACGAAUAAUAUCAAUGCUGACAUUCUAGAUAAAAUUUUAACUUCUUAUUGUAUCGAUCAAUGCAUUUCCUUCUUAAAUAGUGUAGGGAAUUGUAUGCCAGUCUUGAAAGUCGUUCUUGAACGUUUACUUCUAAACGAACGUGAUUAUACUGAAUUGCAUAUGAACGCAAUGACAAAUUACGCUCUAGAUACUUUAAGACAUUUGUCGUUAGUUGACGCGAAUGACUUAAAUAUGAAAGAAUUGGUGAAAAAUGUAUCUUUCCAAAAAGAAGAUGUAACGAAUUCUAAACUACAACGUCUGAAGUGUAUAUUAAUAAUAAUGUAUUCUGAUGAUAGUAUAAUUAUAAACGAAAUAUUAUCACAUAUUUUGCAUCUGUCUGUUCAUGAAGAGGAGUGCGUAAGACAAAUAGUGGUUGAAUUUCUACAGUUCUCGAUGCGCCGGUUUGCGGAACUGACGAAUGAAAAUAAAUUAACUAUUUUAUAUUGUUGCCUGAUUUUGUUGAAGGAUGAAAUUUCGGAAAUACGUGAAAUUAUUACGAAGAAUUUAAAUACACAUGUUUUACAAAGAACCGAACACGAAGAGUGUAUGUAUCUAUCCUUAUUGGACGAAGUAAUGCUUGAUCGACUAGAGCUUGUUACAAAUAAGAACACACAUCUAUUUUUCGUCAAACAUUUUACACAGAAUAUUAAAAACUUCGACGUCAAUGAAAUAAUUGAGAAUCCCUUCUAUCACGAUGACAAUUCUAUUUAUAGGGAAGAGUCGAAGUUUUUAAAUCUUUGUUUUUAUUAUAUACAAGAAAAUAAGUACAAUUCUGACAAAUGCUCCACAGAGUAUACCGCAGAAUACAGUAAGGACAGCGUCACCGACAUCCUAAAUAAGAUCGAAACAAAAUAUCGGCUUCAGCGUGAAUCUCAUCUCGAUUUUACUAAUUUAGAAAUUGUCUUAAAUACUAAAUACAUAGACUAUUUAUUGAAGAAGCAAAGAAUUGUAAUACAGGAGUAUAUGUAAUAAUAGUAAUAAUAAUCACAAUGUACAUUUGUAACUGAAUGAAUCAUAAACUAAUGAAUGAUCGUAGCUAAAAAUUAAGAAUUAAUCUUAAUUAUUGAGGAGUGCUCAAAUAAAUGUUUUCUAAUCCAUCAAAGUACACAAGAAAUGUUUAAUAAUCCCGAAUAAAUACAUCUGUACACCUUACGAUUAUAUGAAUGAGUGCACAUUCACAAAGCAUAUAACUUCGUAUUUACAUUAUGCUACAUUUAAU